ACUCCAACUUUUAAAAAUCGUGACAAACAUGUUUGUUAUUGCACCAAUCAUUUCUUUCCUAAUUCUUCACAUACUUCUUCCUGUUGAGGCUGAUUACGGAGGCUGGCAAAAUGCUCAUGCCACUUUUUACGGCGGUGGCGACGCAUCCGGCACCAUGGAAGGGGCGUGUGGGUACGGGAAUCUGUACAGCCAGGGUUAUGGUACCAACACGGCGGCACUGAGCACGGCGCUUUUCAAUGACGGGUUGUCAUGUGGCGCGUGCUUUGAAAUGCAGUGCAACAAGGACGAUCCUAGGUAUUGUUUGCCCGGCACCGUCACCGUGACCGCCACCAACUUCUGCCCUCCAAACUUUGCAUUGCCCAACGACAACGGCGGGUGGUGCAAUCCCCCUCUUCAGCACUUCGACAUGGCAGAGCCCGCCUACCUCCAGAUCGCCCAGUACAGAGCUGGCAUUGUCCCCGUCACCUUUAGAAGGGUGCCUUGUGUAAAGAAAGGCGGGAUUAGAUUCACUUUGAACGGACACUCUUACUUCAACUUGGUUUUGAUCACCAAUGUUGCGGGAGCAGGAGACAUCCGUGCAGUCUCGAUCAAAGGGUCGAGAACAGGGUGGCAGUCAAUGUCAAGGAAUUGGGGGCAGAAUUGGCAGAGUAACUCGGUGCUCAACGGUCAGAGCCUCUCCUUUCAGGUCACCGCCAGUGAUGGUAGGACCGUCACUAGCUACGACGUCGCGCCUUCUAAUUGGGAGUUUGGUAAAACUUAUGAAGGCGGCCAGUUCUAAAACUUCAAGCAUUAAAUUGCGCCAAUUUUAAUUUUGCUUACCUUUGUAUCAUUGGUUUUAAUUGAUGCAACUAAAUACAACACUUAAUUUGUAACAAAUGUUGGUUCUAUAUCGAUAUAUGUUGAGUUUUCAAUUAA